CCGGGGCCCGGGCCGCAGCCGGACUCGGAGCCCGAGGGAGCGAUCGGCGCGCGGGCAGCCGGGGCCCGGGCGCGCUGCGGGGGCGCGGCGAGGCCGAGGGGGCGGGCGCCGGGCGGAGCCGCAGCCGGAGCCGGGGCGCCUGGAGGCGAUCAGGCCGCGCUCUCCGAGCUCAGAGCAGCGGAGAGACCGUGCGGCGGGGGUCGGGGCCGGAGCGCAGCCCCGGGGCUGAGGUGGGCCAGGAGGAGCUGCGGCCGCAGCGGCCGGAGGGGCGCCGGGACCCUCCCCAGGGGCGCGGAGGCCGGGCGGGCCCAGGCCAUGCGCGCCGCUCGCUGAGGCCGCGGGAGGCCGAGAUGGAGGCGCCGGCGGGGGAGCACCCGGCUCGGGGCUGCGGCCCCCCGCCCGCGCCUGUCCUGGAGAGGAAGAAGAGCCACCGCGCGCCGUCGCCGGCGCGGCCCAAGGACGUGGCCGGCUGGUCGCUGGCCAAGGGCCGCCGCGGCCCAGGCCCGGGUGCCGCAGCCGCCGGCAGCGCCGCGUCCUCCGCGCGGCCCGACAAGAAGGGGCGCGCGGUGGCGCCCGGGGCGCGGGGCGCAGGGACGCGGGUGGCCGGGGUCCGCACCGGGGUCCGCGCUAAGGGCCGCCCGCGCCCGGGUACCGGGCCACGACCGCCGCCGCCGCCGCCCAGCCUCACUGACAGCAGCUCGGAGGUGUCGGACUGCGCGUCGGAGGAGGCGCGCCUGCUGGGCCUGGAGCUGGCGCUGAGCAGCGACGCCGAGUCGGCGGCCGGGGGCCCGGCGGGGGCCCGCCCGGGGCAGCCGCCCCAGCCCGCGCCGCCCGCACAGCAGCCUCCGCGGCCGCCCGCCUCCCCCGAUGAGCCGUCGGUGGCCGCGUCGUCGGUGGGCAGCAGCCGCCUGCCCCUCAGCACCUCACUCGCCUUCUCCGACCUCACCGAGGAGAUGCUGGACUGCGGGCCCGGAGGCUUCGUGCGGGAGCUGGAGGAGCUGCGCUCGGAGAACGACUAUCUCAAGGAUGAGAUCGAGGAGCUGCGGGCGGAGAUGCUGGAGAUGCGGGACGUCUACAUGGAGGAGGACGUGUACCAGCUGCAGGAGCUGCGGCAGCAGCUGGACCAGGCCAGCAAGACCUGCCGCAUCCUGCAGUACCGGCUGCGCAAGGCCGAGCGCCGCAGCCUCCGCGCUGCCCAGACGGGCCAGGUGGACGGUGAGCUCAUCCGUGGCCUGGAGCAGGACGUCAAGGUCUCGAAGGACAUCUCCGUGCGGCUGCAUAAGGAGCUCGAGGCGGUGGAGAAGAAACGGGCGCGGCUGGAAGAGGAGAACGAGGAGCUUCGGCAGCGGCUCAUUGAGACUGAGCUGGCCAAGCAGGUGCUGCAGACGGAGCUGGAGCGGCCGAGAGAGCAUUCCUUAAAGAAAAGAGGAACCCGCUCCCUGGGGAAGACAGACAAGAAGUCUUCGGUGCAGGAGGACAGCGCCGACCUGAAGUGCCAGCUGCACUUCGCCAAGGAGGAGUCGGCCCUCAUGUGCAAGAAGCUCACCAAGCUAGCCAAGGAGAACGACAGCAUGAAGGAGGAGCUGGCCAAGUACCGCUCGCUCUACGGCGAUCUGGACAGCGCCCUGUCGGCGGAGGAGCUGGCGGCCGCGCCCCACUCGCGGGAGAGCGAGCUGAAGGCGCACCUGAAGCUGGUGGAGGAGGACGCCAACCUGCUGAGCCGCCGCAUCGUGGAGCUGGAGGUGGAGAACCGGGGCCUGCGGGCCGAGAUGGACGACAUGAGGGAUCACGGGGGCGGCUGUGGGGGCCCGGAGGCACGGCUGGCCUUCGCGCUGGGGGGCAGCGAGUGCGGGGAGAGCCUGGCGGAGCUGCGGCGACACCUGCAGUUCGUGGAGGAGGAGGCGGAGCUGCUGCGGCGCUCCUCGGCGGAGCUCGAGGACCAGAACAAGCUGCUGCUGAGCGAGCUGGCCAAGUACCGCUCGGAGCACGAGCUGGACGUGACGCUGUCGGAGGACAGCUGCUCCGUGCUCAGCGAGCCCUCGCAGGAGGAGCUGGCGGCGGCCAAGCUGCAGAUCGGCGAGCUCAGCGGCAAGGUCAAGAAGCUCCAGUACGAGAACCGCGUGCUCCUCUCCAACCUCCAGCGCUGCGACCUCGCCUCCUGCCAGAGCGCGCGGCCCAUGCUGGAGACGGACGCCGAGGCCGGGGACUCGGCCCAGUGUGUGCCCGCCGCCCUCGACGAGGCCCACGGGCCCCAUGCUGCCCGGCUCUGCAGAGCCAGGGAGGCUGAGGCGCUGCCUGGACUGAGGGAGCAGGCGGCCCUGGUCAGCAAGGCCAUCGACGUCCUGGUGGCCGAUGCCAAUGGCUUCUCGGCUGGCCUCCGCCUGUGUCUGGACAACGAGUGUGCUGACUUUCGGCUGCACGAGGCCCCUGACAACAGCGAGGGCCCCAGGGACACCAAGCUCAUCCAUGCCAUCCUGGUGCGGCUGAGCAUGCUCCAGCAGGAGCUCAAUGCCUUCACGCGGAAGGCGGACUCCGUCCUUGGGAGUUCUGCCAAGGAGCAGCCAGAGCCCUUCUCCUCACUACCCUCCUUGGGCUCCCAGGGGCCUUCCAAGGAGAUUCUCCUGGCCAAAGACCUUGGCUCGGACUUCCAGCCGCCGGACUUCAGGGACCUGCCGGAAUGGGAGCCCAGGAUACGAGAAGCCUUUCGCACUGGUGACUUGGACUCCAAGCCCGACCCUAGCCGGAGCUUCAGGCCUUACCGAGCUGAAGACAAUGAUUCCUACGUCUCUGAGAUCAAGGAGCUGCAGCUGGUGCUCGCCGAGGCCCACGACAGCCUCCGGGGCCUGCAAGAGCAGCUCUCCCAGGAGCGGCAGCUACGGAAAGAGGAGGCCGACAACUUCAACCAGAAGAUGGUCCAGCUAAAGGAGGACCAGCAGAGGGCGCUCCUAAGGCGGGAGUUUGAGCUGCAGAGUCUGAGCCUCCAGCGGAGGCUGGAGCAGAAAUUCUGGAGCCAGGAGAAGAACAUGCUGGUGCAGGAGUCCCAGCAGUUCAAGCACAACUUCCUGCUGCUCUUCAUGAAGCUCAGGUGGUUCCUCAAGCGCUGGCGGCAGGGCAAGGUUUUGCCCAGCGAGGGGGAUGACUUCCUUGAGGUAAAUAGCAUGAAGGAGCUGUACCUGCUAAUGGAGGAAGAAGAAUUAAACGCCCAGCAUUCUGAUAACAAGACCUGCACAGGGGACAGCUGGACCCAAAACACGCCCAACGAGUACAUCAAGACGCUGGCCGACAUGAAGGUGACGCUGAAGGAGCUGUGCUGGCUGCUCCGGGAUGAACGCCGUGGUCUGACCGAGCUGCAGCAACAGUUUGCCAAGGCCAAGGCCACCUGGGAGACAGAGCGAGCAGAGCUCAAGAGCCAUACCGCCCAGAUGGAGCUGAAGGCUGGGAAGGGGGCCGGGGAGCGGGCGGGGCCCGACUGGAAGGCAGCCCUGCAGAGGGAGCGUGAGGAGCAGCAGCACCUCCUGGCUGAGUCCUACAGCGCCGUCAUGGAGCUGACGCGGCAGCUGCAGAUCAGCGAGCGCAACUGGAGCCAGGAGAAGCUGCAGCUGGCGGAGCGGCUUCAGGGUGAGAAGCAGCAGGUGGAGCAGCAGGUAAAGGAGCUGCAGAACCGCCUGAGCCAGCUGCAGAAGGCUGCUGACCCCUGGGUCCUGAAGCACUCGGACCUGGAGAAGCAAGACACUGGCUGGAAGGAGACACGCAGUGAGAAGAUCCACGACAAGGAGGCUGUUUCUGAAGCUGAGCUUGGGGGAACCGGCUUAAAGAGGACCAAAUCUGUUUCCUCCAUGUCUGAGUUUGAAAGUUUGCUUGACUGUUCCCCCUACCUUGCCAGCGAAGGGGCCCGGGGCAAGAAGCUGCCAAACAACCCUGCCUUUGCCUUUGUGGGCACCCAGCCAGUGGACCCAGAGAAGGAUGCCCAGGAACAGCCAGGGCUCUCACCAAGGGACUGCAGCCGCCUGGGCGCCCUGGCCUGCCAGGACCCGGCAGGGAGGCAGAUGCAGCGCAGCUACACAGCUCCCGACAAGACGGGCAUCCGCGUCUACUACAGCCCCCCGGUGGCCCGGCGCCUGGGUGUGCCCGUGGUCCAUGACAGGGAGGGCAAGAUCAUCAUCGAGCCUGGCUUCCUCUUCACCACAGCCAAGCCCAAAGAGUCGGCUGAGGCUGACGGGCUGGCCGAGAGCUCCUACAGCCGGUGGCUCUGCAACUUCUCACGGCAGCGCCUGGACGCGGGCUCAGGAGGCAGCCCCUCGGCGUCCGGGCCUGGCUUCCCAGCGGCCCUGCACGACUUUGAGAUGUCAGGCAACAUGAGCGACGACAUGAAGGAGAUCACCAACUGCGUGCGCCAGGCCAUGCGCUCGGGCUCGCUGGAGAGGAAAGUGAAGAGCACGUCCAGCCAGACAGUGGGCCUAGCCAGUGUGGGCACGCAGACCAUCCGCACGGUCAGUGUGGGGCUGCAGACCGACCCGCCCCGCAGCAGCCUCCACAGCAAGAGCUGGUCACCCCGUAGCUCCUCGCUCGUGUCUGUGCGCAGCAAGCAGAUCUCCUCCUCCCUGGACAAGGUGCACUCGCGCAUCGAGCGGCCAUGCUGCUCGCCCAAGUAUGGCUCGCCAAAGCUCCAGAGGCGGUCUGUGUCCAAGCUGGACAGCGCCAAGGACCGCAGCCUGUGGAACCUGCACCAGGGCAAGCAGAACGGCUCGGCCUGGGCCCGCUCCACCACCACGCGGGACAGCCCCGUACUGAGGAACAUCAAUGAUGGGCUGUCCAGCCUCUUCAGUGUGGUAGAGCACUCGGGGAGCACCGAGUCUGUCUGGAAACUGGGCAUGUCCGAGGCCCGGGCCAAGCCUGAGCCGCCCAAGUACGGCAUUGUGCAGGAGUUCUUCCGCAACGUGUGUGGCCGGGCACCAAGCCCCACCUCGGCGACAGGGGAGGAGAGCACCAAGAAGCCAGAGCCCCUCUCCCCGGCCAGCUACCAUCAGCCGGAGGGCAUGGCCAGGAUCCUGAACAAGAAGGCAGCCAAGUCAGGCAGCAGCGAGGAGGCCCGACUCUCCGUGCUGCCCCAGGUGGGGAAGGAUGGUGUCCCCCGGGAUGGAGACGGAGCCAUGGUCCUUCCCAAUGAGGAUGCCGUUUGUGACUGUAGCACCCAGUCUCUCACCUCCUGUUUUGCCCGGCCAUCCCGCUCUGCCAUCCGCCACUCUCCUUCCAAGUGCAGGCUGCACCCUUCAGAGUCCGGCUGGGGUGGGGAGGAGAGGGCAGCCCCCCCCAGCGAGUGACAGAGCAGCCGAGCUCCCCGCCUCGACCAGCCCAGUCCCUGGAUAGCUGAAAGGAACCAGCGGAGAGGAGAGGCGACAAGGCGAGGAGCCCGUGCCCUCAGCGUCAUCUAGCCCUGGGGGACAGCAGCUGCACCACUGCCAGAGAACAGCCUUCCCAUCCAGGUAAAGCGGGGUCUCCUGCUGACCGCUGGGUGGUGCUCUCCGACUUCCCAGGGGAAGGCAGUGAGUGGGAGAAAGACCAAAACUGGGCUUCGGAAGCGUCUACAGAGAGAUCCGUUGGAACCCAAUCCCUGGGUCCUGAGGGAGAGCCUUGCCUGCUUCUAUACACAGCCACUUCUCAGAAGAGCCAAGGAAAGGAUACACUUCUGGCAGUGCCCUCAGGGAAGGGGCUCACAGAGAUGUUCGUGGCCAGCCACAUUCCCUUCAUGGGCAGGAAACGCCGACGAGAACAGGCUUUGCUCUGGGCUCAGUUUAGGGUUCCUGGUGGAGCUGGGCCGGGCACCGUGCCCAUCCCUUCCUCCCCUCCACCGCCUCCUCUGCUCAGCCCCUGCUCUGGAUUGCUGUGACUCCAGGGGGUAUGAUAGGGCCGAAGCAAGGGCCAGGUAUCUGCUUGGAAUCCUGGAGCCCCGGAGCUCCCUGCCCAGAGCUUGGAUGCAGUGAGGACUGGAAGACGAAGUGGGAAUGUGUGGGCUUCGGGCUGGGGGCCCUGGAACUGCCUCCCUUGCCAAGGUGAUCGGGGGACCCCAACCUUCCCACAAGACUCCUUGAGGACAGAAACAGGUAGAGUCAGUCUUAAGAGCUGGUACACAGAUAAUGCCUAAAUGCCCACAGCCUUGAUUGCUGGGGCCUCUUGCCCCAGCAUCCUGGAAGGGCGCCACUGUGUUUACAUCCUGCAGCUGGUGCAGGGCAAAGAUAUUCCCAGUAAGAGACUCCCAGUUGGCCAGGCCAGGCCAAGGAGCACUCCAGGAGGCCCGUGCCCCAGGACACGGUGGUAGACUGGGGCCUGGAAACACAUUUCUUGCCUAGGUUGUUUAUUUGAAUUUUUCUUACUAUAAAUAUUUAAGGUGGUUUUACUUUAUUUUAAUAAUUUAAUUUACCCCAAAGUCCCUAAGGUAAUUUAUUGGAGGUUGAGACAUGUAUUCUUGCCGCUGGGACAAUGCGAGGCUUCUAACACGAUGGACAGGCAUGGGGUCCCCAUGUGGACGAGGCAGCUUAGCAGCCGAGCUCUGGUCUUCUGGUCAGGUGUGGAGGGCCCCCCAGCAGAGCUGGAGCCCUGUGGCAUGCUCCCCCAACACCGCUGACCACUGGCCUCAGAGUGCUGCUUUUCACUCAGCACCUGGUACCUGCCCGGCCCCGACAGUCAGUUUGUAAGCGCUCACCGACACGGUGGAGGGCUGGACCGACGUCACCACUUCCCAGACAUUCUCCACUUCCCUUCUCAUUUUCCUCCCUCCCUCUGACACCUUUUUUGAUGAGUCAAACAUGGAUUACCCGGGCUCUAUUGAGAGCAUGGAGAUCCCUUCAAGUUCCCCAAGUGAGAACCCACAGGAAAACAGGACUGAACUUUGAGAAUGUUGUUUAUUGCAGCUUUGCACAUGGACCUGAGAGUGUCUGUCAGCCUGCCUCAGUUCUCACCAGCCUGCCAGCCUUUUCACCAGCCUCUCUUCUUAGCCUUACGGCCUCUCACGGCUCAUCUCCCAGCCCCAACUCCACUGCCCACCCUUUCCCACGUCCUGUGUCAGCUCCCUGAGCCAUCACACGGAUUGCGACGGGGCUCACUGCGCUGUGGCGAGGAGGCCUCAUCUGGCCUCCCCCUUGGUGCCAGUGAACCCAUUUUGGUUGCACACAUGCCUGCACACAUGCACAUAUGUGGCCCUCCUGUCACUGGCUGGGGGCCCAGAGUGGAAAUACCAGCAUGAAGCAGAUUGACAGGAAUUCCCCAUCAGGAAGACCAAAAGCCAGCAGCUUUGCUAGUUUGCCCCCAGGACUCAGGAGACACCUCUGCACUCCCCCCUGCCAGCUCCCUGUCCUGCCCUUUCAGGGUCACCUGGACCAGCUACCCAAAGUCCAUCUCCAUUCCCUAGUGGCAGACCAUCAGGUCACGUCAGUCCGACCAGCCACUUGUUCAUGCCAUAGUGACCUGUGUGGGCAGACAGGCAGGCCCAUGGGGCCUCUGAGAUGCCACUGCUCCCCACCAAGAGGUCAGGGCCCCUCCGAGGUUAUGUCCAGGUGAGGGGAUUCAGACCAGGCCACAAGCCACCAGAGGCCUUCUGCCACUUCCCCGAGUUGCAGAGGGCCAGAAAGCCUGUGCUCUCAGCCUUGGGGAGAAAUCUUCGUGAGACCUGAACCCUACAGCCUCCCACCGCGCUCAGCCUUACCAUCGUCCUCGUUCAAGACUGUCCUUGCCAUCUUCAUUGUCCCAGCGCCUGGCCACCUGGCCCCAGCCGGUGUUAGAGGCUCCAGAUCUUGGUUUUCAAUAAAGUCCCAGUUUCUACUUCCUGCA